AGUUGAAGGUGAGGAGGCCUGGAACGAGGCAUUUAUUGAAGGAGAAAAGGAAAAAAAAGGGGAGGCCGAAGAAGCAGUCGAAGAGGAAGUGGAGAACGGAUACCUUAACGUGGCGCGCAACACCACGCGCAGUCGAUUACGAGCCAGAACACGUUCCGCACGAUUUCGUUUGCCCGCCGCCGCGGCAAACCGUGACUACUAUUUACUCGGAAUUUACAAACUUCUAGUGUAUGAAAACAUUAUCGGGUUGCCUAUUAAAUUGCGGUGAUAAUUUAUUUUUCCAGCGUGUGAUUUAAUGCGUUUGUGUCACGGUCAGUGGGUGGAAAAAAUUGAGAAUCAGGCGGAAAAUUGUAACGAGUGGAUGAGGAAAAUUGAAAUUGUGUCAACGGUGCAGUGCCAGCCGGAAAUUUAAUGACGGUUGUAGUUUCCCGCCAUUGCUGAACAGGAUGCUCAAGUUGUCCGUUUACGAUUGAAAUUUAAAUACCGCGUACCAGUUGAUAAAUCAUUGUGGUGUCACGUGAGGCGGACUAUUCAUCGAGCGAUUCGCGAGUUUUGAGUCUCAUUGACUAGUGACAAGUGUCCAAGUGAAGACCAGUUGUUGAAAUUACCUCGUAGUCCUGAAUUUUCCCUCCCGAAAUAUCUUUCCCUCGAAGAAAUUGAAGAGACAUGAGCUAAUGGUGAAUUCGCGUGGAUGACCUUAGACGACCCGGCAUCGAUCGACACCGCCCGCGUUCACACACAUGGUUGCGAUCACGAAAAGCCAACAGCGGAAAUGUUUUCGAAAAUUUUAUUCUGGGUUACCCUCCUAUAUCUUCAGACACUCUGCCUUGGAUUACCAGAGAAUCUAUCGACCGAGUCUACAAGUACAACGACACCUGCCUCAGUAGCUGCUGUGAUCUUAUCACGUAACGAGUCAUCUCUAGUUUUUUUGGAUAUUCCCCAGCACACAGUGACGCCACUGGGUGCCUCGGUCCUAUUAGCAUGUAGAACAGCCGAACCUGUGAUUGACUGCCAGUGGUCCUGGAGGCCACUACCCCCCAUCCAUCUUCCACUUCCUGAUAUCAAUAAUUCAGAGGAGAUUAAUGAAACAACACCAGUCAUUGCAACUGUACCACCGACAGCUGAGACGCAGUCAUUACCAGUCAGACUGUUUCCAGCUUUCGGUAACAAUAGCAAUGAUUGUUCAGUGAGAUUUACUAAUACUCAGUAUGAGCAGAUAGGAUAUUGGACGUGCGCUGCGAGGAAAUCCAGUGAUGGGGAUUUCGUCAGUACAGAGCCAGCGAGAUUAACCAUAUCCACUGAAAAAAAUGAAACAACGAUAAAGUUCGUGAAAACCGAGGAUCCGGAAGAGGCAUCACUUGGCUCCUCCGCGCAAAUAAUUUGUCGUACAGAAACACCGGUGAAGGAGUGCGAAUGGUCAUGGCGAAUGUUCGAACAAACGGAACAGUCGAGUUUGGAGAUACGAAGAUUCACCUCAUUUGGCCCUGACAACACAGACUGCAGUAUUAAAUUCAAGAAUGUAUUGCCCCAGCAUGAGGGAUUGUGGACGUGCGGUGCACGUAGUGAUCUCAAUGGCGCGUUCGUACUGGCGCAUCCCAUACGUUUUUUCGUAUCCGAAGUGAAAUUCGUACAACUCUCGAGUGGCAUCCAGAUUGCCGCUGGGGAAUCUGCACCACUGAAAUGCCUGGUGGACAAACCGGUCGUUCAGUGCGAAUGGUCUUGGAAAGCCAUAAAUUCCAGCAGCGAACCGACGGUUAUCAAAAAAUUCACUCCAAACAGCGAUAAUGAUCACGACUGUUCAGUGAAAUUUAAGAAUGUACUGUAUGAGGAGGAGGGAUUGUGGACGUGUGGCGUUAGAUUGACGAAUACGGGACAGGUCCACGAGGCACCGCCGGCUAAACUUACUCUACUACCUGCAAAGAUAAGUUUUGUAGAGACCCCCCAAAACAAUACACUCGUCGUCAAUACCCAAGAGAUAUUGAAAUGCACAAUGAGUGGACGAGUAGAGAAGUGCUCCUGGCUGUGGCGUCCCUUGAAUGGAGACGCGGAAGCAACAAUAGUGAGAGAAUUUGCAGGAGUGGGAAGUGGUGGAAAAAACUGCAGCCUAGAUUUUCCUCAAAUUAGGGUUGAGGAUCAAGGCUACUGGGCUUGUAGAGUUUCGGUUCCAUCCACCAAUACACCUGUCACGUCUCCGUUCGCUAAAAUUGUCGUCUACGAGCAAGACAAACUCGAAUUUUCAGAGUUAUCUCAGGACAUUCAAAUAUCGUCAGGAAGUAGUGCAUUCCUCAAAUGCGUCACAUCAUUGUCAGUCGAGCAGUGCAGAUGGUCUCUGACCCCGGUUAAUUCAAACACGACAGUAGUCGUUAAACAAUUUUCAGCAAUUGGACCCGAGGGCCGUGACUGCAGUGUAAGACUGAGUCACGCUCUCGCUGAGCAAGAGGGUUUAUGGACCUGUGGUGCUAAAGUUCAUGGCAAGGAGAAUUACACAUAUGCACCACCAGCAAAACUUAGCCUUCUCGAGCAAGAGCCAGUGGCAGUGGCAGUGUGGACGAGUCCUCAUCAAAAAGUUACCCUCGCUUGCAAACUCAGCCCAAUGCCACUAAAUGCCAAAUGCCAGUGGCUUCAUCAGUCCAACGAUAAAACUGCGGGGAACGAAACUAUACGGAAGAGGCAGGAUAUGAAAAUGAAUUACACGAAUGGAAUGUGCACACUCCAGUUCAAACCAGAUGAUAACGAUAUAGGAUCCUGGACGUGCCGGUUUUAUAUUGAUACUGAUGAGGGGUUUAUUGAACUGGGGAAUGCUACGUUGAUGGUCAUUCAAACUGAAUCUGCUGAUGGAAUCCUUGGUUGGAUCGUCGGAGCAGUGACAACGCUCAUUCUCUUCCUCAUGAUUCUCAUCGUCGUUUUAGUCGUGUGGAAGGGAAAAUUAUUCAACAGAGGUUCUCGAGUCCUCGAGACAGUGUCUUUUGAUCAUCCAAAUAACAUGAGACUAAGAAGCACUGAAAAUAGGCAGUCACGGCGCAAGAAUGAGACUCAAUCGAACGAGGAAGUUAUCCUCGGUGUUAAUUCCAAUUACUAUGCCUCCCUGAGUCAAUACCACCCCCCUACAUCGAGGAUAUACGAAAACUUUACUACAACAUCGUGAAUAAGUUGGCCAGAUAUACAUAUAAAAAUUAUUUCUCUGAUAUUAUUAAAAAGAAUAUGU